UACCUGUUUAGGGAAAAUCCACGCUGUCAGCCGCUAUCGAGCCUUGAGGUGGGCACAGCUUAGAUCUUUGGCUUCUUAUUCCAAAAUAAGUUACCCAGGUGUCAUCUAAAGCCCCAGGGUGGGCUGCCGGGGAGCUGACACCCGAGGAGCUGGGCUUUCCAGCUGCCAUCUCUCCGUUAGUUCACCCAGAAGCUGCGGAGAGGCCAGAGGAAGGAACUGGUCUUGGGAUAUGCAGGAUUCCGUGUUGCCUGGGCUCUGUCCGAGCUCUCUUGGAGACAAUUCAAAUGGUAGUUUCACGAAGGUGGUGUGACAGAGGUGAAAAAAACGCUGGGAAUUUUCCAGUCACCUGUUUCCUCGGUUGCACCGGUGCCCCCUGCAUCUGUCCGCGCCGAACGCUAGAUGGGGCGUCAGACACAGGGUUUGGUCCAGGAUUUGCAGGGAAGGACAACUUUUGCGGAGGACUGAGUCACGUUUGAGGAAAACAGACGAGAGAGGAACGUGGGCUCACAUCUGCAGAGCUGACCACUGGUGUUGUGAAACGUGAUUUCUUGGGAUACACAACAACCCCGCCACGUGGCUGACGAGGGUUCACGGAGAGCAAAGAGCCUCAUGGCAGUGUCAGCAGGGGACCGAGGACAGCCAAAGGAAGGGGGAGAGUCUGGGUAAAGAAACGAGGCUGUUUAGCUGAGAUCUGCAGAUUUUCGUCUGUCCAUCUGAAUUAAAGAUGCAAGCAGGGUGCCUUGCUCACCUCACAGGCUUCAGCAGAAACACCCAGGGAGUUAAGAGCCUGUCAUCCUUCCCUUGCAGCUGUUCCUGCCCCUCUCCCGCAGAGCCCAAGAUCUCCACUGGUUCCGGGUGCUGAGGCGACCGAGCGGCACCUUCCUCCAAAAUGAUGGAAAACAAAGUGUUUCUGUCAUUUACGUUCUACAGCACAAUUUUGAUUUUAAAAAUGUAUGUCGUUGCCAUCAUUACGGGACAAGUGAGACUCAGAAAGAAGGCGUUUGCAAACCCGGAGGACGCGCUGCGCAACGGGGGGCUGCAGUUCUGCCGCCCGGACCCCGACGUGGAGCGGUGCCGCAGGGCCCACCGCAAUGACAUGGAGAACAUCUUUCCCUUCCUCUUCCUCGGAGCUGUCUACUCCCUGCUGGACCCCAGUCCCUCAGUGGCCAGGAUCCACUUCCUCAUCUUCUGCGUGGGGCGCAUCGUGCACACCAUCGCCUACCUGCUGCGGCUGAAGGCGCCCACGCGCUCUGUGGCCUACAGCGUGGCACAGCUGCCCUGCUUCUCCAUGGCCCUGCAGAUCCUCCUCGCCACCACCCCGUACUGGUAACACCCGCAGAGACCGACCAGCCGUCCCAACGCCCUCGUCCCGCACUCCGAGGGUUCCCUGGCGGGACUGGGUGCUGUGUGUGCGAGUGUGAAUGUGUGUGUGUGUGUUAUUGUGAGUGUGUUUGUGGGCCUGCAGUGUGAUGCCAGGGAGGUCACCUGCAGCCUCGACAAACUCCCUGUGCUGUUGAAAUUUGGCAGGGAAGUCACCGGAGAGAAGGGACGUGUCUCCCUGUGGAGCGGGAAGGGGACGCGGAGCCAGGUUCCCCUUGCUCCUGCUGAGGGUAGGAGGGGGAAAGCACCCCCUCAAAGAGUGGGUUCAUUGAGGGAAAGGAGGUUUUGUGACUCAACUGCAUUCAGAACUGGGAAGGUGAAGAUGUGUCUUUUCCCCUUGGUAACAAGUAUCCCGUGAAUCAGGAAGGGAAAAUCAUGAGGGUCCCACAAAGUCUCUUGGUCAGCAGAGGUAGAAGAGGGGUUUAUAAGACAGCUGCCCUCCUCUUGCCCAGCCGUGUGGGUCUGUGGGGACAGAGUUCCCUUAGGUUCCCUCUCCCACAAGGAGAACAGGAGGCAGGUGCCUGCCAGGCAGAGUAACGUGGGAGUCAAAACCUCAGGGGUGACUUUGUGAAGACAUUGGAGUGUUCAGUGCUCCCAGAACCUCCUCAUGGCCCACUAUGGGACAGAGCUCUCUGCCAGGAGCCUCACUGCAGGCAGGAUCCUGCCUGUCCCUCAGCCAGCCUUCAGCAGCUCCCGGCCAGCAACACCUGUGGCUUUUCCACCUCGGUCUCAUCCCAGUAAGAUGCAGAACAUCGUGCCUGGAGCAGCCAGCAGGAACCACUUACCCUGCAGAGAACUGGACACAAAUCUCUGGGACUUCAGGAAAGACUAAAAUGCUCUCAAAAAACAGA